UUUCCGAAUAGUAGUGUCGAUAGUAAACUUUAAAACGUGUUAAUUUAAAAAUAUACUAGAUGGCUCUGUUAUAUAGAUUACUUCUUUUUCUCAGCUUUACAUCCUGCAUCUUUUAUCUUUUACACAGUUGCAAGCUGCAAAUCAAAUGAAUAUUAAUUACAAACAUUUGGUGGGUGAUUUUACUUAUAAAUGAGAUAAUGAGGAUGUGAACCAAUUAUACCAACAAAAAAAUGUCGGUAACUUAAACCAAUUUUUUUGUACUUUAUUGAAGUCGAAAAAAUGGAUCUUGCGGAAACGAUGAAAAACGUUCUUGCUAAAGGUAUGCAGCAAGCUUCGGUUAACGAUUUACCAUCAACAGCGAAUAUGGGAUUUCCUGGUACAGGUUAUGUCACAGAAAAAUUGUACAUGUUAUUACAAUUAUAUUUACAAAAUAAGGGCUGGAACCCCUCGGUUGAACUAUUGCAAUGUUUUACAGAGUUAAAAGAAACAUCAAUGCUUCCCAGUGCAGCAUAUUUACAAAUGAUGGCUUCUAGAGUUACUUUGGAUUCCCAAGGAAGACUAAUACUAAGAGAAAAUGGUAAAAUUAUAUUACCUUUCGAACAUUUUGCAAAUGCUGUUAUGUUAAAACAUAUGAACGGACCCCACGGACUACAUCUGGGAAUUGAAGCGACAGUUAGAGCUGUAAUGGAUUCCUACACAAUAGGACGAGAAAAUUUCGGCAUGGAAAAAGAGUUUAUCAUCGAAGUGGUUCAGAAUUGCCCAAACCCGGCUUGUAGGUAUUAUAAAAAUCAAAUGGAACUCACACAGAAAACUUUGCAACACUUGAAUGCUGGUUAUUUGGGAGAAACACCUUCCACCGGAGCUGAUAUAAGAAGUAGAUUAAGUGCAGUAGAUAUAGCGAGUCAAAAUAGCAUAGAUGUAAAACCGAAUCCUCCAAUAAUGGAACGCCCCAAAUCAGUUGCGCCUACACAACAGCAAAUUACUGCAGCUCUAAUUCAACAACAAAACCGUGUUAUAGCACAACAGAAUAUCGAAAAAUUGAAUGCCAAUUUGGAGAAACAACGCCAACAGAUGCAACUUCAACAACAGAUUGAUUUAGCUAAAGGUCAACAACAAAAGCAGCAACAAGUUCAACAACAACAGCAAGUACCCCAACAACAACAACCGCAUUUUGAAUUACCAAUAAUGGAACAUAAAAUAACUGAUUUUUUAAGGGCGAAUUUAGAAAAUUUAGACGGAUUAUCUUCUGCUAAUAAGGAUUUGUUAGCUCUCCAUAAUGGUGCUUGGACUCCUACAGCUUCAAAUACACCUUCCUCUUCUUCUUCCACUUCAGUAGAAAAGAAUGUAUCAGAAGGAGGUCAGGAAAAAAUUGUUCGAGCGUUUAGUGAAGUGAUGAAGAACAUGGCGCGAAUGAAAACUUAUGUCCGUCCAGCUAUGUGCAAACCGUAUGGUAAACAAUCUGAAGCUUUGCAGAAAACGCUUAUGGAUACCAUACAGCUAAUUCAAUCUCUUAGGAGUUUUCUUCCUCCUCCUCACAUACAAGUAAGUUCGUGGAAAAAUGAGGACAAACAUCGUUACGAAGAAUCUUAAUUUUUGUUUAAAUGGUAUUUGGGUAUUUGUUGAUAAUUUUAUUGUUUUCUACUAUUGCUCUAUUUUUUGCUCUUUGAGUAAACUUUGUCUAGUGACUCCAUUUUUUUAUUACAAAAUGAAAUUUUUUACAAUAAUAUAGUUAAAGCCCAUUGUUAUCAGUUAUUUUAUUACUUAUAGCAUUUGAAACAUCGAAUAAUAAGUUCCAGGUCUAGUAAACAAAAAACAACGUUUUUAAUCAAAUUUCCUUCCAUAUACUACAAUAUUGUUUCAUCUUAAAAGGUAAACUUCAGUUUUAUACUUUUGACCUAUAUUUCUUUUCUUGAAACAUUCUUUUUAGUAGUAUUUGAAAAACGUGUUAGGUACAGAUGCCAAUCGAAGAUCAAUGAAUUGUGAUAUUAGAAAUAGAUUGUUUCCAACCACUCUGCUCCUAUACUCAAAACUAUAUUCUCUGCAUUUCAUCGUUCUGUUUUCAAAAUAAGUAGAAUCCUUUCCAUGGAGGGAUAUUUUUCUGUUUUACUCCCCAAUAAACAAAAAAAAACUUGAAACUAACUACAAAAAAGCUUAUUCCUCUUUAAAAAGUCCAACUAAUAAACUAUUGGAGAGAAUAAGCUCAAAAUUUAACAGCUAUCGUAUAAAAAAUGGCGUUUUGAGGAAAAAAUUUAAAAUUGUGUUUAAUCCGUAUCCAUUAGACUUGGGACUUAUUUAUAGAUGUUUACUAUGAUAUCCUAAGUUAGGUUACACUUAGAAAAAUAACUUCGUUUACAUUUUGGAAAAAAUAGCAACAAGUACCUAUUCGAUACUUCUUAUAUAAAAUCAUCACUUAUAAAUACAGUGUGCUUAAACAUUUUGGCAGCUGUAAUGUAGUUGACGCAUACACAUAUUUCAUCCUUUAAAAGGAUAUAAAUACUUUAGUAUUGUUUACGUUCCUUUAGUUUUAGGAAAUUUUUGUUGUAACAUGUGAUUCGGUCACUUAUUAAAGUGACAAUCAAAUUAUUUUUUUUUUUCAUUAAAUUUAGUUUGACAAAAUAAUGCGUACAAAUCAAAAAAAUUUGAGUAAUAGAGGUCUAUAUAAUACCCUUGGUUUGGUGCAACUGAAAGUAACAUUCUCGAUGAGUGAUUCUUCUUCGUUUAAAUGAUUUUAUCCUUUUAUUGUCUAAAUCCUUUAGACUAAUUCUAGGGGGAUGUAAUGCUGAAUCACCUCAUUGGGAGUAACACUUUGUUCUGAAACCUUAGUAAGAUGUUUAAAUUGUUUAUACUGAUAAUACCCUACAGUUGAAUCCCAUAAUUCUAAAUGGGUUUAAGAAAAUUUAGUUCCAUUUGGUAAAUGUCAAAAUGAAAGAUUGUCAUUUUGUCAGUCGACAAUCUUACUAAUUAAGUUGUGAUUGUGUAAUUACAUAUUGUACUGUAUUUGCUAAUGAAUUAAGUUGUUGUUGUACAUGUAGACGUGUAGCUUUAUCACUUGCAAAAAACCUUAAAAUAUUGGAAGAGCUAGAUCGCGGUGUAAGUGAGGUUAGUUUAACGCCUCAGUACAAUGUAGACUCUUCUACAUUAAAAAGCAGCGUCAAACUAUCAAUGACCAUGCUUCCAAACUAGAUAGUGAAGAUGGAGAGUAAAAAAAAAAGAAAAUCAAUGAAAUAGGCCGACAAUCAGGAACUGGAGGACUUUGUUUAUGCAAGUCAAGUAAAACCAAUUAACGGACCGAUUUUGAGGAGCGUGAUCCUGAUCUUGGUUAUCAGAUUCUUUCCGAUGAAGAAAUUGUGCAGCAGAUAAAGAACUAUAAUCAGGAAGUAGGAGGAUAAAGAAGUAGAAAACGAUGUUCCAAUACUACGAUGAGGUGUCUACCUGUUUGGAAAAAGCUAUGAGUGAUUAGAGCGUCAAGCUGAUUCAGCUUUUGUCCUUGAAAAGACUAACUAACAUCCUUAAACAUACAGUGAUUUAAUUUGUAUAAUUGAAGGAUUUUCAAUUAUCCGGACACUGACAUGCACCAAUUAGUCAGGAUGCUCUACUGGAUACGCUUUUUCCAAAUAAGGUGAGGGUCUAAAUACAUACCAAGGUAUUUAACACAUCUUUGACAUGUCAUGGAUUGGUAUGGGAUACCAUUUGCAUAUGUAGCUACCUUGUUAGUAAAUCUGUUAUGAAUAAGACAUAGAUUAUUGGAACAAGGACGCUUCCUUAUUAUCAUUAAUCGAAAUCUAAAAAUAUUUUAUUACAUUUUACUCGUUUUUAUUUUAAAUUCAAUUAAGUAAAUACCAUGCGGUUACUAAUUUUCUAUCCCAUUGUAAUUUGGGUUUAUUCUUCUUUCCCCUAUAACUGUUGAUUUGUUCGCAUUAUUUCUUCAAGGUUUAAUACUUGUUCGCACAUUUGGACUAUUCCGUUGUAUUAUUUGCAAUAUAAAUUGUUUUUUUUUUUAUAUAUUUUUCAAUUAACGAUGGCUCUCUAAGAGAAAAUUAAUCGGUUGAAAAAAGUUUUUGAUCAAAAUUGAAUUCUCCAACAUGACAAAGAAAAAUAAUUUAUUACAAAGGAAUGUGGUAAAUAUCCGGUAAACUUUUUUUAUUAGAGACGACGAGAAUUUCAUUUUUCAAUUGCAUAAAUUUCUGCUUGAAAAAUUCUUGGUGCGCUAACCUUUCAGAAUAUUCAGACACUCCUAUUCCAGUUUUUUAUCCAUCCAUAUAGCUUUUAAUUACAUUUCAGUUCAUUUCUUGUAUAGUGUUUUGAUCCCAUUUGCUUAUAAAACUUAUUUUUGAGGUGUAAAGUUUUUCGAUGCAACAUCCUGAGGCAUGACCCAGGAACUAGUUUUAUGAUAUCACUUUUGCUCGCCAUUACAAAAACGAAAAACGAAAAAAGAAGCUACCGAGCUGGUAACACUUCCCAAAACUACAUAAGAAGAAAUUAACGGUAUAACAGACUAGCAGCCGUCAAUAUUACAGCUAUAAUAAAGAAAUAAAUAUAAAAACCUCCAAAAUAAAACCGAAUUGUCGUGACGUCGGAUUACUAAGUGUAUCUUUUGAUUAAAAACUUUUUUUUUUAAACUGACAUUGUUUUUUUUUGUGAUACUACGGUACUUAAUCCGUUUUAGGUCUUAUAAGAGAUUAUUUAGAGAGAUUGAUUAAAUUGUUUUUAUUAAUUUAAUACCAGAGCACAAGUUAUUACUACUUUAAAAUAUUUAUAUGUAUAGAUGAUUUUAGUUUAUAAGUGAUUGCAAUUUUAGCAACAAAUCGCUCAUCGAAUUCUGCCAAUAAUAUAUUUCGACACCUCAGUUAAACUGCAGGUGAAACAAAUAUUAAAAAUUUUCGGUAAUUUUGUAGUAUAUCUAUCCCCUCGUUUUUUUACCACUGGAAGAUGAAGAAAUUUCAAGUUUUGUUUGUUUUUAUGGAGAAUUUAUGAACAAAAAAUAUCUCGACAAGGUUUUAUGGUUUUAAUUGUUAUCGUAAACCUACUUCUUUAAUUCUCUCUUAAAUUAACUUUAAAAUACAAUAUUCUUUAUCGGUUUUUCUAUCAUCUUAGUCAUUCAACUGUCUGUCUCGUCCACUACUGGACUGGAUCCACUUGGAUAGACUUAUAUGCAGACCAUUUAGGUUCAUAACCUAAUUUCUCUACACUUCUUCCGGUCCCUUGCUUUUUCUCUUCAGCUCUGGAUGUUUUUCUCUCCACUACUUUCCUCCACCGUUUUUUUGAUCUACUUCUUUUCCUCUUGCCCUCUGGUAUCUUCCAUUCAACUCUGUUUACUUUCCUCCAAAAAUUCUUCUUAGUAUUUUUCUCUCCCAGAUUUCCAAUUUCUCUUAAGUUCUAUUCGUUUCACAGGGGACUUCUAAGGCUCGAUUUCCUUUUCUUGGCAUUUAUUAUGUAGUAGUACACUCAAAUACAUGAAAUUUUUUGCUGUUGCAGUUGUGGUUUCUUCUAUUUCUUGCCACAUCGUCGUCAUAAGCUAAACAUUGAUGACUUUUGUUAAAUAUCAUUCCCUUUCUGAUGAUUCUGAUUAUUCUUAUUAUGCAUCUUCCAAAGCUAGAUUUAAUAGUUGAUAAGUCGCCUUGUUGUGUUUUGAAAGGUUCACUGUCUAUAUUUAACUACCCCUAAUGUGUUUUCUUAAGAUAUCUGCUUGCUUCUUGACAGGUCUCUUUAUAUAUAUUGUAAUUUAUAAUUAUUCGUAGAAAAAAUAACGUCUUUAACUCGAUUGGCAGAAAUUUUUGAGAAAUAGUAUUAAGUACUAAUGGUGUUUAUGAAAAUGGUCAGACUACAACUACUCUUUCGAAAUCUAGUCAUUUAAUAAAUAAAUUUAGUUUCCGGAAAUUAAUCCUGUGAUUAUAAAAUCCAGUCAACUGUAUUCGUUUAAUUUAUAUUUCGAAUAUUAUUAGAAAAUUUACUGUAGAUCUGAGCCUAUUAUUCAUAAUUAUACAAAUCUGUGCAAACAUAUUCUAUAAUAUACCGAGUGUCCCAGAAGGUUUUCCUCAUUUCGAUACAUAAGGUUUAAAUUCUGAGCUACCAGUUUAGAGAUCACUCUUUCUGGUAAAACGUUUUAACUUUAACCAUUAGAAGGUUUAUAGUAUGGCCAAACCAGCAAAAUUAUCUAGCUCUAGUCGUAAAAAAUUAUCCUACAUUAACCCUAAAUGUAAUACCAUUGACAUUUCGGAAAUUAACAAAGUCUAAUUAGUCCUAAAGCAUUUUGUGUAACCAUUUACAAAUUUGAGCCUGGAUAAAAGUACUUCAAGUAACAGUAUUGAUUAUAAAGGUAAAACCUUGUUCAGUAAGUAAAAUUAUGCGUUACUUUUAAUCCUCAGAGGUCCUGUUAGCUCAAUAUUCAUAAUGGUGCUUUUUAUUAACCCAAUAUCUGAUCAAUCUUGCUGAAGGUACUUCAUUUAUGUCAUGUAAACAAUCGGACACAGUUAACAUUCUAUUGUAAUGGUUGUCACACACCUUACGGUUUUACCGGAGAGGUCUACAACUACCGGUAUAGGUAGACCGAGGAUUGACAAGUCGCUACUUUGAAUUUGAUUGUAUGCAAAAUUCCACUACAUCGUGUGAUAUUUGACAAAUAAAUGAGGAUAACCUUCCGGGAGAUCACGUAUUUAAAUAAUGUAAAUAAUCGUAUUAUGUGUAUGUGGAGAUGAUAAAAUUAACGUUUACAUUUACUAUAAAAGAAGAAAAAAACGUUUCUUGCCAUUACAUAAUAUAAGUAUUAUUAUCCUGCUUAAAAACUAUUUACUCUUGUGCAGUAGUUUUACAGUAUUUUUGCCCAUGUGAUUUAUCGUUUUUUUUUGUUUAAUUUAGUUAGCUUUUUGUGCAAUUUACUCAAUAAACAAAUAUUUAUGAAUGUC